AUGGGUGAUUUACCAGCCCCUAGAGUUCAACCCAGUAGGCCUUUCACUGUUACUAGAUUAGAUUAUGCUGGUCCUUAUUUGUUUAAAUUACAAGGUGGAAGAGGUGUUAGGUCUUCAAAGUGCUAUGUUGCUAUAUUUGUAUGUUUUUCCACAAAGGCUGUCCACUUUGAGUUGGUCAGUGACCUGUCUACACCAAGAUUUAUUGCUGCACUGAAGAGAUUUAUUGCACAUCAUGGAAAACCAGUUAAAAUUAUGAGUGACUGUGCCUCCAACUUCAAAAAGGCCAACAAGAGUAGUGAAUUGGCUCAUUUCACCACCGGUGAGGACAUAACGUGGAUUUUUAAUCCACCAGCUGCACCUCAUUUUGGAGGAAUUUGGGAAUUUGCCGUAAAAUCUAAGAAGUUCCAUUUAAGGAGAGUUAUAGGAUCUACAUUGUUAACAUACA